AUGGACAGUACUACAACUCCAUUUAGUCGCGCGAUCGAGGCUUUCCUACACCAACCAAGCAGGAAACGCCAGCCGAGGUUCAUCCAGUCUUGCCAAAAUGAUAACAAGUUAGAUACGGCUAACAAUAUUAAUGCAUUGUUAAUGAAUGUAGAGCAGGAUAAGAAUCGAAGAGGGUCUGUGAAAACCCUCCGUUUAAUUUUCAACGCCGUUCACGAUUAUAAUGCGAUUGUAUCAACUUUAGUAUCCGCUGACCCAAUGCCGUCGGCUCUGAUCUGGGGAGGUUUGAAGUGCUUCAACAGAUACUUUACGGUUUUCGAGAUGAUCGAGAGCUAUCUGAAGAAAUUGGCACAUGAGCUACAAUUUUUGAAAGAAUAUGAAGAGCUCUUUCAGCAAUCUGUUCCUAUGCAAGAAUUACUUGCCCAUUCAUACGCCUAUAUCAUACAAUUUUGGGCAAAGGUUGAAGACCUAUGUGACUCUACGCUUAGGUUAGCCGUGAAAUCAAUUACCUCCGAUCCCAUUAGGAGGCUGCAAAGCGUAAUCGAAGAGAUUUCAGACAGCAUGGACAGAAUCGCUAGGAUGGUCCCCAUCGUACAAGAGAGAAUUAGAAGGGGAGAACGUGAAGAUGUUAUCAACGAGCAACGAAAAGCCGAAGCCAAUCUUAGCCAGCUACUCCAACUCAAGAAAGAAGAAAUCAACGAACAACGAAGAGCAAAGAUAGAUGAAUGGUUGGAUGGCCUAACGACGCUGAAUGAGAGUAGCUAUAGGCAUCGGCGUACUAGGGAUAUGCUUCGACUUGUCUCGGGGGAUUGGCUUAUCAAGAAUCCAGUUUUCUAA